AGUUGCAGCCAAUGAGAGAGCUACUUUUCAUGCUCUUGCCCCUCCCGUCUGUACGAAACAGCCAAUGAGAGGAGCGGGAUGGUUUUUAAAUCCACCACGCUCUCACCGCCCCACUCCGCAGUGUGAUGCGCUGAUGUUUGUCGUUGCAGAAACAGUGAACUAAACACAGGGCAACAUUCAAUAGACUCCUCGUCCUCUUUAGCUCUUAUUGUGGCGACUGAGAUGGCAAAAGGGAAGAAAAAUGUGCUGAGGACCGAGGUAAAGCCCGAGGACACUGCUGAACAUAAAGUCACUUCACGUAAGGAGACAAAGGAAAACAAACCAUCAACUAAUAAGGAUUGCGCAGGUAAAGUGCAGUCAAUUCUUCAGAGUCUACGGAGUCCAAGCAAACCUAGAUCCCCUCUGAGUGACAGUUCAAGCAUGCUGAUCCAGGAAGGAAAUGAAUCUGAUGUUGCUAGUCCUGAUGCGCCAAAGCUGAAAAAAGACAUGCCUAAUGAAAUAAAAUCAGAGAGUUGCGAGUCCAAAGAGCAGAAGCCUGAAAUGCCUUGUCACAGUCACGGGAACAGAGAGCAGUUCGCUGACCAGCUUGAUCAAAAAGAGUCCACCCCACGUACCAAUGUCGGGUCUGCAGCAGGCAGCAAAGUGUCAGCAUCCAAACCUCGGAGUAGAACAGGUCGCAAACUCGGAGCAAAAAAGAUGGAGAAUAAAGCUUCCCAAAACAGAAAGGUCACAGACUAUUAUCCCAUCAGACGGAGUAACAGAAAAACAAAGGCAGAGUUAAAGAGUGAAGAACAUAGACACAUUGAUGACCUGAUAAAGAAUGGCAUUGAAGAAGGAAUGCAGGUCAAACACAUAGAAGGAAAAGGAAGAGGAGUAUUUGCUGCCAAGGGUUUCAGAAAAGGAGAGUUUGUUGUGGAGUACCACGGAGACCUACUGGAACUAGCUGAGGCUAAAAUAAGAGAGGCAGAAUACGCUCAGGAUCCCAAAACAGGCUGUUACAUGUACUACUUCCAGUAUCAAUGUAAAACAUACUGUGUGGACGCUACAAAGGAGACAGGUCGUCUUGGAAGGCUGAUUAACCACAGUAAAACUGGAAACUGUCAGACUAAGCUCCACGCCAUCGAUGGAACCCCUCAUCUGAUCUUGGUGGCUUCCCGAGACAUCAAAGCAGAGGAGGAGCUGUUGUAUGACUACGGCGAUCGGAGUAAAGCCUCAAUCUCUGCUCACCCUUGGCUCAAAUACUGAAACUUUGACCACAAGUGUUUGUAUUUCAGAUAAAUUGGUGCUCUAUGCUGUAAAAGAUGCUUUAGAUGAGCAGUCCUCCACAUGCUUUUUUUAUGAAGUAAAAAAAAAAAGUUUUUGUUUUAAAUGGAGGCUAAAGCUCCAACUCAUGAAAAGUGUAUUUUUGCGCCAGUUGUUUUUAUCAUGCUUUUAUAUUUUUCUUAUCAAAUUGUAGCAGAGAUAUUUAAGCUUGGUGAGUAUUUCCCCUGGAUAAAUAGUGUUUCACAAUGUCCGUGGGGUCUCCUUUUGUAAUGAAUAUAAUUCAAAUUUGCAAUUGUAAAUUAUUACUUGUGCUGUAAACUGAAGAAUAAAAUACAGAUGAGUUCUCAUUCCA